AAGGGCGGGCCGUCGCUAUAAACGAUCCGGCAGGCAACACUUCCGCUCCUUUCCUAAAGAGAUUUUCAUUUUUUCGAAAAGUUGAUCGCGAUUACUCCUCCGAGCUGCUUUGCUUCUCUUCGCUUUCCUUCUCCUUGUCUUGGGCUGUCGUCUUUCCUCAUCGGCCAAAUAACCAUUUUGGCGCGCUUUUAUUCCCCACCCCAAGUAGUAAAGGGUUGCUAGAAGAGACUUUCCUCAAUAGGGAUCAGGAUGGACGGAUGGAUUCGUACAUAUAUACCGUAUUUGCUAAUGCAUUCUCUUAUUUCAUUUCCAGGCUUGGAAUUGCUGUAGCUGAUGUGCCUGAGGGACAGUCUGGACAUGCAGCUUCCUUACUGCUUUUUAUUUCCCUGUGAGAGAUGCCCCACAACUUUUUCUAUCACUGCCCCUCUCAAGCGACCCAGAAAUAAAACACUUUAUCAGCUCUUGCUGCAUCGCUAGGAAUCCCUACUGAUGGGGGAAAGCUUUGCUCAACUGGAGCACAUAAUAAAAACGUCCAGGUGAAGGCAGUUCAGUGGCAGAGAUUCUAUAACGAAGUUGGCAACACUUUCGUUGGUAAUAUAGACUAGUGAAAGGGUAAACUUAAACCAUGGAGGGAGAAAAGAAGACUGUUGCUCUUGAUGGAAACUGCCAACUUGUUAAAAGAGCGAUCACGUGGGAAAUCUCUGAUUCUGAAGAAGACAGUGAUGUUAAACCAGAAUCCUCAACUGCUUUUGCAAAUUAUUUGAGUGUUGGAGCUCAGGGCUGUUCGGACAAGCAAAAAUUAGAGCCGUGCAUGACGCUGCUCGAAGCAAAAGCGGUACCUUUGCUUACACCGUUGACACAAAUAGUAUCUUGUAAUUCAAGUUCAGAGAGAAAGAAGAAAAAGCAAUCCCUGGAAAAAAACAAGAUGGCUCAGACAAAAAGAGAAGAAAAAAAGGAGAGCAUAGACAAAAAAGAAGAGAAAAUCAAGAUGAAAAAGCAGAUUGCAGUUGAGAAAGGGAAACAAAAGGAAGCAGCAGCUGCCUUGAAAUUUCUUCGACCUGAUCAGUGCAUGAAGCAAAUGAUUGUCUCUGUGGAUUCAGGUCUUCUAGAGCACCUCAGUUCUGAUAUCUUACUGGAAGUUUUGGGCUCUUUGGAGUGUAAAUACUAUAUUGAGCACCAGAUAAUUCCACAUAGCAUAACCUGGAAGAGAAAGACCUUCAGCAGUAUGCCUGGUUCAGAUGGUUGUCAAGAAACAACUGUGGUGGAAAGCGAAGUCCUGCUAGUGAUGCAGCCUUCACAUUUUCUCAGACGACUUUUCUCGUCAAUGCAGGAUGCAAGUCCUGAUGGCCAGCAGAGUGUACCAGAUUUUACCCAUCUGCUUCCCUUUCACAAUUUUGAAGAUCCUUCCACAGUAUCUUACAGCAUGGCUGUCAUUGGACUAGACACCUACCAAUGGUAUAACCAGCAUCAUCAACUUCCACAGGAAGCACCGAUCACUGGACAGGAGAACUGGAUGGAGGAUGCAACACUGCAGCUCGGUCCAGAACAAUCCAUGACACAGCAUCAGAUUGAGGAGGCUCUGGUGGUGUUGCAGCUCCGGGGUAACAUAAAUGUACUAUUCCUGGAAACGUGGCAGGAAUUGGCCCAGCAUGUCUCUGCAAUGACCAGAGCCAUAGCACAGCGUCCCUAUAAGAAGCUUCAGGAAAAGCAGCCUUUCUCCUUCUGUGCCAAAGGCAAAUGGGCUAGUGGUGUGCACAUUGGCAAGGGCGGGAAAGGGCUCCGAGAGACCUGGUUGAAACAGAUCCAGCAGUUCAACCGAGUCAGCCCAGCCAUGGCAGCAGCCAUCGCCCAAGCCUAUCCUUCGCCGAGUCUGCUGCUGCAGGCCUACCGAGAAUGCAAAACAGAUGCAGACAGACUUCUCCUCCUAAGCAACAUCCAGAUCAGGACCGAGGACAAUAAAAUGGAGAGACGGAUUGGCCCAGACCUGUCUCGUCGGGUCUACCUUUUCAUGGUAUCUACAAAUCCUGAGCUUGUCCUAGAUUUAAGUGCUUGAUGUGCCUUGUUGUACUGUUCUGACCACCAGGUCUUAGCUCCUUGUUUGUCCUUCACUGCCAAAGCUUUAGGAUGUAUUGCAGAAAUUGAGUCAGGCAAGAUCACUAAAUGUCUUUGUGCACAAAUUC